AUGGAGAAAUUUGUGGAUGUGGCCUACUCAGUGCACAAGUUCCAAGCAACCUAUGCAGGAAUGAUUCAUGUCAUCAUUGAUAAGAGCCAGUGGCCACAAGUGGAUAAGCGGUUCAAGCUUCUUCCACCAAUUGGCAAGAAAAGAGGACUUGGAAGGCGAAGGAAGAAAAUGUUAAGGGAUGUAUGGAGAGAAGUGAAAAAGCCACAAGACAGGAAGAGAAUAAGGAAGACAAAGACAAAAAGAAGACCUAAGAAGGCUGCUGUCAUGGAGAAGGAACCUGCUCCUACUAUUGAAACUAUACCAGCCCCUCAGCCUUCACCAGCAGCAGCACCAUCUCCAAGGACCCAAGAACAAGGGCAGCAACAACAAAGGAAAGAGAAGCAGAGGCAGCAGCAACAACAGUAG